UGUGUUUCACUCGACGAGCGUGUUUAGCUCGAAUGUGGAGGGUAGCUGGGAAACCUCAUUCAUUGAAAACAUUGAUUGUUUUGACAUAUUCUUCAUUUAUUCUAGAAAUCUGAAGCAUUUUCAUUGCAAUGAUCGAACCGAAGAAGCGUGCGGCGGAUAUGGCGGUUGUUCCCGCAGGAGUGAAGAGGCCGCGGACGGAGCUGGUGGCCGCAGCACAAUCCCAGCAGCUCUCCGCUAUGGGCCCGCCACGCAGCUCUAGUCUGCAGGCUCCUAUAAUGCUUCUCUCUGGUCAUGAAGGAGAAGUUUACUGCUGCAAAUUUCACCCCAAUGGAGCCACUUUAGCCUCUUCUGGAUACGACCGCCUCAUCUUGAUGUGGAAUGUCUAUGGAGACUGUGAAAACUACGCCACGCUUAAAGGCCACAGUGGAGCUGUGAUGGAGCUUCAUUAUAACACAGACGGCAGCCUGCUGUUCUCUGCCAGUACGGAUAAGACGGUGUGUGUGUGGGACAGUGAGACAGGGGAGCGUGUGAAGCGGCUGAAAGGCCACACGUCCUUCGUGAACUCAUGCUUUCCAGCACGUCGCGGCCCACAGCUGGCCUGCACCGGCAGCGAUGAUGGAACUGUGAAGCUGUGGGACAUCAGAAAGAAAGCCUCCGUUCACACUUUCCAGAACACGUAUCAGGUUCUCAGUGUGACGUUCAAUGACACCAGUGAUCAGAUCAUCUCAGGAGGAAUCGACAAUGACAUAAAGGUGUGGGACCUCAGACAGAACAAACUGAUUUACAGUAUGCAGGGUCACGGGGACUCUGUGACUGGUCUGAGUCUCAGCGCGGACGGAUCUUACCUGCUCUCUAACUCCAUGGAUAACAGCGUUCGUGUCUGGGAUAUUCGUCCAUUUGCACCAAAAGAAAGGUGUGUGAAGAUCUUUCAGGGAAAUGUCCAUAACUUUGAGAAGAAUCUUCUGAGAUGCUCCUGGUCUGCUGAUGGCAGUAAGAUUGCGGCUGGUUCUGCUGACAGGUUUGUGUAUAUUUGGGACACAACGUCUCGCAGGAUCGUCUAUAAGCUCCCUGGUCACGCUGGCUCUGUCAAUGAGGUGGCUUUCCAUCCAGAGGAGCCCAUUGUUCUGUCUGGAUCCAGUGAUAAGCGCCUCUACAUCGGAGAGAUUCAAUAACAGUGUGUGAGUGUGUGUGUGUGUGUGUGUGUGUGAGAGAGAGAGAGAGAGAGA